GUGCUCCCACAUUUCACAAGUCCACGUCCGCGCAUCUCGAUUUCGUAUCCGAUAGCGGUCCCGGCUCUGACGGACAGGCCGCCACAAAGGAUCAGUGAUCAAGGGGUCUUUGUUCGCGCGGUUUGACACAUCAUGAAACUGCUGCUGCUUCUGCUGGGCUUGGUAGCCGCGGUUUCCUGCGGGAACGGGCCGAAAGUCACCGACAAGGUAUGGUUCGACAUCAAAAUCGGCGACGCCGAUGUGGGAAGAAUUGAAAUCGGUCUCUUUGGUAAAACCGUCCCGAAGACGGUCAAGAAUUUCGUGGAACUCGCCAAGAAACCAAAGGGUGAGGGAUACAAAGGCAGCUUAUUCCACAGAGUAAUUAAAGAUUUCAUGAUCCAAGGAGGAGACUUUACGAGGGGAGAUGGAACUGGAGGUCGCAGUAUCUAUGGAGAGCGUUUUGCAGACGAAAACUUCAAACUGAAGCACUAUGGUGCUGGAUGGUUAUCUAUGGCCAAUGCUGGCAAAGAUACUAACGGAUCUCAAUUCUUUAUCACAGUUAAGCAAACACCAUGGCUUGAUGGUAAACAUGUUGUUUUUGGUAAAAUAAUCAAAGGAAUGAGUAUAGUACGUAAAAUUGAGCAAACAAGCACAGAUCCGAGAGACAGGCCACAGAAGGAUAUUGUUAUUGCUGACUGUGGUGCAGAGAUUAUAGACGAGCCAUUUAGUGUAUCUAAAGAGGAUGCUACCGAUUAAAUG